AUGUUCGCAACAACAACACAACACAUUAUUAUAAUAAUUCUAUUAUUUAUUUAUAUAAGCAAUGGGUUAUUGUGUGGAGUUGGAUGUGUUAAUUGUUUAUAUAAUGGGUAUUGUGAGUCAUGCAUGAAAGGAUAUAAUCCUAAUGACAAGAAUUGUAGUGAGUGUUUUCACUUUAAUCCUCGUCAAAGUAUUUCUGAAGAAAAUCCUGUUACAAUACAACGGAAUGGGAUUUGUGUUAUUGUUAAUCAAGCACUUCAUCCAUUAACAAUGAAUUGGCACCCAGGAACAAAAUACAAUACAAUUGCUAGUUUUACAGACAGCACUAUACAAACCGAUGUUAAUAUAUCAUAUGAAGAAAUAGAAACAGCAGUUGCAAUUGGACCAUGUGCAUCUAAUAGAAUAACAAAUAAAUUAUUUAAAUUAACGAGAAUUAUGGAAAUUGAUACAACAGGAAAAAGUUCAACAUUAAUUAACUUUGAAAUUAAAUUUAAAACAAACAUUCAAAGUCAAGUUAUAAUGAGUGUUACAACAAAUUCACCAUCUGAUUCAAAAGCAAAUUGUCUUGGUCAAAGUAUUUUAAAACCAGGAACAACACGUGCUUAUAUGGCAUUAACAUUUUAUAAUAAUACAAAAUAUUAUUUAUUUCUUCAAUCAGAAGAAGAUGUUGAAGUAAUAUUUACAACCGAAAUUGAUCCAUCUAAAGUCUUUUUCAAUUUAAUAGGUAGAUUUAAUCAAACAUUCUUUAAUAAUCUAAUUCAUAAAGAUGAAAGUUAUAAAAUAAAUGUUCCUAUCUCUUCACAAGGUAUAGUCUUCUCACCUGAAUGUGCAAACAAUUUAUAUUUAAGAGGAAUGGCAUUUACAGUUUCUGUACCAGAGGAUUAUAGUCUUCUUAUUGAUACAACAACAAGUAAUAAGUUAGCAUAUUUAAUAGAAAUUAAUAAAGUUACAGAGAAUGGACUGACUGAUGGGUGUCUUGAUGUUUGGGUAGGAAGGAAAUGGAAUGAUUGGUUAGCUGAUGGAGAAGAACUUGGAUUAAGUGUUAGAACUACAGGAAAUCAUUCAUUCUUUUUAAUGUUAGAUGAGUUUCUUGAAGACAUUGAAUUAACAUUUAAAAUGAUUUGUCAUAAUGAUUGUCAUUAUAAUGAAGGACAUGGAUUUUGUAAUUUAAUUACUAAAGGGUGUGAAUGUAAAGAAGGAUAUGGAUAUGAUGAUUGUUCAGAAUUAUGUUAUUAUAAUGGGAAAUGGAGAAAUGAUAUUAACCCAUCUGAUAGUAGUACAUGUUAUUAUGGAGAAAUAGGAUGUAAAUCUAGAGAUUGUACAUGUGAUGAAGGAUAUAGUACUAAAGAACAUAGAUGUGUAUCAAAUACAUGUCUAAAUAAAAUCAUAGGAGGAAAAGAUGAAUGUUUAGAAGGAAGUGGAUGUAAUACUGACAUCUGUAGAUGUAAUGAAAAUUAUAUAGUAACAGAAGAACAAAAAUGUAAAUUAAUAACAUGUGGAAAUGGUAGAAUAGAAGAAGGAGAAGAAUGUGAUAAUACAACUUCAUGUAAUAAUUAUUGUCAAUGUGAAAAAGGAUAUAUUAGUCAAAAUGGAAUAUGUCAAAAGAAAGAAAAAAUCUGGUGGAUAUCAAUAAUUAUUGUAGUAGGAUGUGGAAUAAUAAUAAUAAUAAUGCUGAUAAGUAUUUUUUAUUUUGUAUUUAGAACAAAAAAGAGUGUUUCUAUAUCUGUUUAUAGAACACAACAAGCUACAUAUUAUCAUGAUAUUAGUAGAGCAAUUAAAGAAAAUAAAGGAAUAGAAUUACCAUAUAAAAUUGAAAGAAAUGAUUUAUCAUUUGGAAAUGAAGGAAAAACUACAAAUAUUAAUGAAACAAGAUUCCAAGAUGUUGAAAUUGAAAAUAAAAGUAGUAAAUGGAUGACAAUAAUCUUUCAUACACCAAAAACACCAAAAUAUGUAUUUUAUUUUGAACCACAAAUAUUAACAAUUAAAGGCAAACAUAAAAAAACAGAAACAAUUAUGAUGACAUUAUUUUGUACAACAAAAAUUAUGGGAAUGAAAAUACCAUAUACAAUUUAUUUUAGUAAAAAGAAAGAAACAUUAAAAGAAAUAACACAUCUUCUUAAAGACAAAGACUUUGAAACAUGGAAUGAAAAAGAUAAAGAAAAUAUGUCGAUAUUAAUGAAAAGUGUUAAUAAAAAAUAUUAUGGGAAUUUUAUUAUUGCUACAGAAGCAACUAAUUCUACUAAUCUUGAUUUAGAUGAAUUACAAAUUAGAGAACCACCAAUUGGAAAUGGUGCAAUGGGUACUGUUUAUUUAGGAAAAUAUCGUAGUAUUCCAGUUGCUGUUAAACAAUUUCAUUGGGAAAAUCUAAGUGAUAAAGAAAUGGAAGAAUUAAAAGAAGAAGUUAUUGGAGAAUGUGAAUUAGUUAGUAAAUUAAGAAAUCCAUUUAUUGUAAAUUAUAUUGGAUCAGUUACUUAUAUUCCAGAAAUUUGUAUGGUUACAAUAUACAUGCCAUUAGGGUCAUUAUCUAACUAUAUUAGAAAAGAUAAUUCAGAAAAUAUUAUAUUACCUUUUGACCUUAAAAUGAGAAUUUUAUUUGAUACUUCUAAAGGAAUGGUAUUUCUUCAUGAAAAUAAUAUUAUGCAUCUUGACUUAAAACCAGAUAA